CUUUUGAACUGUUCAUCGCGGCCAAGCUCGAGGAACCAAACACCUACCCCACCGCCAAAAAUGUCGACGAACGAGACAUUUUACCUCCGUUACUACUCAGGUCACUCUGGGCGGUUCGGGCACGAGUUCCUAGAAUUUGACUUCCGAACCAUUGCCGAUGGCAGCAGUGCUGCUGUACGAUAUGCGAACAACUCGAAUUACCGAAAUGACUCCCUGAUCCGCAAAGAGAUGUGUGUGAGCUCAGCGAUGAUCGAGGAGAUCAAGCGCAUCAUUAAGCAGAGUGAGAUUUUGAAGGAGGACGACUCCAAGUGGCCCCAGAAGAACAAGGAUGGACGUCAGGAGCUGGAGAUUCGUCUGGGCAAUGAGCACAUUUCGUUCGAGACCGCGAAAAUCGGCUCGCUGGUGGAUGUGACAGAGUCCGCAGAUCCCGAAGGUCUCCGAGUCUUCUAUUACCUGGUGCAGGAUCUGAAGGCGCUGGUUUUCUCGCUCAUUUCUCUGCAUUUCAAGAUCAAGCCGAUCUAAAUUCGAGGCAUUUAGAGUUUGAGAUUGAUUACUUUUAUGAUACCGGGCGUUUGAUCGAGGCUUUCUUGCAUGGGUUCAUCACGAAGCGGACCCACAGGCAGAUAAUUCAAAAUACGUGCUUUUCUAGGAACUCCCCAUUGUCG